UUGCAGCACUUGCUUCCACCCGAGUCACGUUGGUAACCGCACCGACUUUCAUGACGAUCAAACCGUAUUCACCCGGUUGAUGGUGUUCAAUGGACUGACCCUUGCCAAAUGAGAUGCUGCUGAAAGAUCUCCCACGGGAGGCGCUGCUGCGGCCGCUGACCAGGAAUGAGGUGGUUGGAAUGCUGCUAAGGUUGACCAUCUUUGGCGCUGCCACAUACUACAGUAUCAAAUGGGUCAUGGAAGCCAUGGACCCAACUCAGAAGCAGAAAAACCUGGCCAAGAAAAAGGCAGAGCUGCUGAUGAAAAGGAUUGGUGUGGAGGGAGUCAAACUCACAGAGUAUGAGAUGAACAUCGCGUCACUCCUAGUGGACCCACGAUCAAUAAAGGUGACCUGGAGGGACGUAGCAGGGCUGGACGAGGUCAUCUAUGAGCUGCAGGACACAGUCAUCCUCCCGUUCCAGAAGAGACACCUCCUGGCUGGAUCCAAGCUCUUCCAGCCACCUAAAGGCGUGCUUUUGUUUGGCCCACCGGGGUGCGGAAAGACUCUGAUCGCCAAGGCAACAGCCAAAGCUUCCGGUUGUCAGUUCAUCAACCUGCAGCCCUCCACGCUGACGGACAAGUGGUACGGCGAAUCACAGAAGCUGACGGCGGCCGUCUUCUCAUUGGCGGUGAAAAUCCAGCCCUGCAUCAUCUUCAUCGAUGAGAUCGACUCCUUCCUGAGGAACCGCUCAAGCCUGGACCACGAGGCCACAGCCAUGAUGAAGGCCCAGUUCAUGAGCCUGUGGGACGGCCUGGACACUGCUGCCACCAGCCAGGUGAUGGUGAUGGGGGCGACCAACAGGCCCCAAGAUGUGGACCCAGCAAUCCUGCGUCGCAUGCCCACCACCUUUCAUGUUGGCUUGCCUAAAACAAGAGAGAGACAAGAGAUCCUGAAGCUCAUCUUGGCGGGAGAGAACCUGAGCAACGCCAUCAACCUGAAGGAGGUCGCUGAGAAGACGGACGGCUUCUCGGGCAGCGACCUGCGCGAGCUGUGUCGCGACGCGGCCAUGUACCGCGUCAGGGACUACGUCCGCAAGGAGCAGAUGAGGCAGAUCGCCCAGCAGAUGCAGGACCAGGAGGAGGAGCGGCCUUUGGACGAGGAUCACCUGCGUCCCAUCACCCAGCUGGACCUCCUCUUCGGCCUGGACAAGAUGAGGGAGUCCAAGCAGGCUACAACUAUCAUGGGCUCCGGCAUUGCAGACGUGCCGCUGGACUAAAACGGGCAUGUGUGGGUGUGUUUAUGACUCAAUGUGCGUCUGUGUGCGGUGUGGGUGGGGGAUCUCGCCUCAUUUAUCCACCGUCAAUGUUCUGUUAGGCCAUGUGUCUUCCUUUAGUAUCGUUUAUUUAAGCAUGGCUCUCCAUUGCAAGGGCUGCCAGGGGUCCUUUUUAAGCGUAGACGUUGUGUUCCUCUGUGCUCUUGAGCACUGUGCUGCGUUCUUGGCGGACCUCGAUGAUGGACGAUGUGAUAAAAGGCGCCCGAGGAACAGAAGGCACUAGCGAGAUAGUAUUCUGAACUGGCCAUCCCUUGCACUCACACUACCCAGAAUGCACUUGUCUGACUCGGGACUUGUCGCGUUUUUUAUCUACUCUGUGUUACCUCGCGGUCGGGGGAAAGGAUCUCCUAUACAUCCCUGACUCGCUUUAUCUAUGUUGGAUAGAAUCCCUGCAGAUAAGGACGUUCAAGUUGCAAAGCCUGUUGUGUUUUGUUCGUCCCCCAGCUAGAAUUUGUAAGCGAUCCAAAACUCUCUCUGUUUCCUUCAGUGUAUACAGCACACCACAGCUAGUGCCACUUUAAAGCUUUUUUAUUUUCUUUGUUGUUCUUCCAGAACACAACCUUCCGCUUGUGUCCCAUUGAAUCGAGCAGCAUAUUGUGUCAAUGUAAGGAAAUGGAGUAUUGUAAUAUCUGACAGGCAUUCGCCCUGGGAUCCAAACGGUUCUUGGAGGGCUUAAUACUGUGCUUUAAUUCGUGGCGCUGCCCGGAUUGAUCCAGGAAUUAGAGUGCAGCAGGCAGACAUUACUGCUUUUCUUUGGUUAAUCUUGUCCCAGUGCACAUCGACUGAUGCGAUAUCAGCAUGUUGCCCUGGCGACACUGUUCCUCUGACGACCUCCUGGGUGCUGCUCGGUUUCAACCUGCUAGAUGGAACACCUCCGCACUGGACUUCAAACAGCCAGUGUCUAGCCAGCCAGUGCACUGUACUGAGAACACAAAGCUCUAUACCCUUCACAGAGAGCGCAUACUAGUUAAAUAAAUGCAUUCGGUUUCGGCAUCAGCCAAGGCACUUUGGUUUGAAACAAACAAACACCCCUAUGGACUUAGCCUGUACAGGGACUUUCCUUAAGCAUGUUUUGGAUUCAUUUUAGUGUAUGCCCUACAUUAUGGGCACCAUGAUGAAUGUCGUUGAGAUAUCACUAGCUGUAUCAUAUCAUACUUUAGCAUAAGAACCUUUCACUGUUGUAUUUGCACCGUCACGUCUUCACAGCUGUGAGACGAUGAGGCUUGGUUUGUGUAGCUGUUUGUGUGGUUGUUUGCAUGACUGUGUUUGUGGGGAAAAAGCUUUUUAUUGUUGUAUCUAUGAGGCCAAAACCUGGGAUCUUCUGGGUGAUUGUUGGAUGUUAUUAUUUUAUGUUUUUACAAACACGCACACGUUAACAAGUGUCUGCUGAAAUAUGUUUUAAAUUAUUUACACUUUGAUAGUGAUUCAGAUUUUUUUAUACAGAUAGAAUUAACAAUUAUAUUCUGCAUACUAUUUUAUCUCUGCCAUGAUGGUUACCAUGUGUACUUCAUUUCUACCUGCUUGCUAUGGACACACACACACGCACACACACACACACACGAGCGACACCAGCGAAAUGUAAAUUAAGACUUCCAUCACAAACUGUAAAACAGAAAUUUCAAGAGAACAAAACAUUCCUUGCAUAUCUAAUCAAUCAUUCUAUAGUCACUAUGGAGUCUAUAAACAUGUAUAUACAGACGAAAAUGAAAUAUCUGCAGUAUGUUUCAGUAGCCAUGCAGUUGCACCUUGUCUAUGGAUCUAUGACCUCUCUGAUGGAGCCAACUGUUUCCCUCCAUUAUCUGAAGGGUCUGUUGUACAGCAUCUGCUCUCCCUCGUAGACAGGCCAGUAGGCCACAGGGGGGCGCUGUGUCCCCAUGCUCUGAACGAUCACACGGUUUUAGCUCAGAAUUCCUUAGAUUUAAGCAGUUUUUGGGUCUGAAAGGGAAUUAAAUGCACAUUAUAAGGAUUGUUAGGUCAAAAUCCUGAGCAAAUAUAUUUAUUAGGGCUGCAUUUCAAGCAACUACUAUCAACUUCAACUGGGGAUUUUUAUUUUCGGCAUUUGGUUAAUUGAUUCAUAAUUGUCAUUUAAAGAUCAAUAAUGUCGAAGUCGAAGUUAUUCAGAAAUUAAGUUUAGGAUGAGGAGCAAGAGUUUUGUCAAUGACUCAUCGACUAUCUAAAUUCUCAAUUAACUGAUUACUUUUACUAAUUGUUGCAGCAGUAAUAAACACCAGUUGUCCUUCAGAUCUGCUCACCAGCAUCUUGUCAGACCUCAUGGUCUUGGUUUCACACACCCCUGCCUCAACAUUGACCUUUGUUGUGGUUAUCAGUGUGUGGCUUUCACCACACGGUAAUGACAUUAAGUUAAAUCGAAGGUUGUGUCACACUCACAUCAGUGACCAAAGGGAAAGACUUCUCCAAGCCUUCACUGGUCUUCUCUUCUGUUAUGUAUAAUAUGACAAACAUGUAUUGCAGAAUAUAAUAAAGGCUUUCUUGCUCUGUAUAUUUAAA